AUAUACGAAUCAACAAUGAAAGAUGAACACUGUACUCGCACAAACAAAAAUUGAACAAGAACGUAGCCGAUUCAGGUUCGGAACGAAGGGCCCGGCACCCGGCAAGUAUUUAUUCGCCGGUCGUCGGGUAAAACCUUCGCGUUCGCCAUUUUGUCAGUGCCACCAACAGUGGGGUGAUUAGGCUGCAACCACCUCCCCAUAGCUAUUCAGAGCCCACAUAUGAUGGAUCCAGAGGACUGUUCAUCCCUCUUGGCACCUACUGCUGAGCAGUUGGCAGCAGUAAAAGUUUUUCCGUUGAUAAUUUCGCUCAAAAGUGAUAUUUUGAAACAAUUGGAUGCUGCAUUGAGCUGGGAUCAAUUAACGGCUUCUGAUAUCAACUUUGCUAUUGUUCGACCUAUCGUCUUCAAAUAUGCCAAGCUACAAAAUAUGGCCGUCGUAUACGCGUGUCUGGUUGUUCGGUCGUACUUCUUAAAUGAAGCCGAAGAAGAUCUGGCUUAUUCUGGUCUCAUGCAAUCUCGUGCUAUGCUCUGCGAAAUCUUGGCCAUAAAACUCCUCAAUAACUUUGCAAACAACUAUAUUCAAUUGGUCGCUGUUCUUACCACCACUUGGAACCCCCUCGCUGGGGCUCCUCCUGACGUCGUCAAUGAAGUUCGACAAGUCUUAGGUGGCGAUGACGACGAUCUUAACUCCCCGCAAAGUGCUCUAGAGAUGGCGAUAUCGACCGAGUCCAAGCACUUCCUUUCCUGCCCUGUCUCGCAGAAGGUUGUCAACGACAUCUAUUGUGGACGCGUCGUAUUCUCGACAGCUGCCCACAGAUCUGUUCUAGCCGACAACUACAAACCGCGUGCAAUUGAGGUAUACGAUUGCCGUAAGGCGCCAUUCUUGGAUCACUAUCGGCUUCGUGUCCCGCGCUAUGGAAGUAUACUAGAGUUUCUGAAUUUCGCCGUUCUCUUGUGUACCUUUAUUCUCUGUCUCACUUAUCAAGACUUGAAUGUCGUCACCGGUUGGGAGAUUGCAUUUGGUGUCUGUGCCGCUGCCUUUGUUUUAGAAGAGUACACCGCCGCGACGGAACAUGGAUGGAGUAUCUAUAUUGCCAAUACCUGGAAUGCGUUUGACUUUUCUUUCAUCCUCAUUUUCCUUAUCUACCUCGGCUUGAGGAUUCGAGGAAUUGCUCGGGGCAACCCUGACUUCUCCGAUACGGCAUUUGACGUGCUUGCAUGUGGAGCAUGUAUUCUGAUUCCCCGACUAGCAUUCUUCGCAGUCUCCAACAAUGUCGUUGUCCUAUCUCUGCGAGAAAUGAUAUCGCAAUUUGUGUUUUUCAUCGGCAUUGCUGCGAUCUGUUUCUCCGGCCUGUUGUUUACACUUUGGAGACUUGGAAACGGAACUUGGUCGGUGAAAAGAAUUGCUUGGCUCAUGGUACAGAUAUGGUUCGGUAACACGUACUUGAGCUUUGGGCAGGCUGAGAGCUUCCAUCCGUUGUUCGGACCCAUCCUCAUGACAAGCUUUGCGGCACUGUCGAACACACUUCUGCUGACAAUUCUCAUCUCGAUCUUGUCCAAUACUGUGGCAAGAAUUGAUGCGAAUGCCACCCAAGAGUACCUGUUUCAAUACGCGAUAUCUACUAUCGAAGGUGUCCAAUCCGAUGCGCUCUUCUCUUAUCAGCCUCCUUUCAAUAUCCUCGCCUUCGUCAUCCUCAAACCGGCCAGCUGGAUCCUCACCCCCCGCGCUCUUCAUACCACCAACGUCUUCCUUACCAGAGUCACCAGUUUUCCCAUCCUCGUCGUCAUAGGCGUCUACGAGCGCUACUUCGCCUCUGGACAACGCUUUCGCGAAUCGGGAAAAGGUGCCGCGCAAACUCUAUUCAACAGUCUUCCCCGGCAUAUCAAGAGUAUGCCUCUUGUCGAAGCUAUCGUCGGGUCCACGUCUAAUGACCUGUACGAAGCUAUCUUCGAGGUUGACGCGGAACGCGAUUUGCAUUUGUUUGAUGAUGAGGAGGAGGAGGAGCUCCCUCGCCUGCGAUCGGUGCACUCCCAGGAGGAUUUACCUCCGGAUGCUGAAAGUAGGAAGAGGCGCCCGUCGAGUGUCAGGCGGCCACCAAGCACGACAUCCGGUCCGAAGGGUCUAUCACCUCAAAAUUCGCCCAGGACACCCAGGGCCAGGAAUCUCGACCUCCUCUCCGCUGAAGUGCAGCCCUCUCUGGGUUCAUUGAAUCCGUUGCAACGACUGUUCGGUCGACCAUCUGAUAGUCCUCAAGUGGAAGCAACGGUGAAGAAGGUGGAAGCCUUAGUGGAUGACCUACGCAACCUGCCUGUUCAUAAGUUGAAAGAUGAGAUGAAGGAACUACAGGAACGCCAAGCGAGGAUUGAGAGCUUACUACUGAUGCUCACGAGAGGCAUGAGAAACGAAACACCGGGCUCGGUGUCAUGAACUUGACGAGGAAGAUAUCUGGACC